UGAACAAAAGUCCAGCAGAAAAAACACAGCAAGCAACAUAUUUUACACAAACGAGCUACAAAACAAACAAUAGAACCAAGUCUUCUUCCCCUACUAAAAGUCUCAAUGAAACCAAUAUGAAACUCAAAAUUUUUUUCAUGGCUCCGAAGUAUAUUACUUGGAGCGUGGUUACUGAAAAUGUGCGGCAAUAUUCGAGGUUCGUAUGGGACAGAAUACUUGUGUGUUCCACAGGGAGGCCAGCUGAUUAUCACCGUUUUAAUGACCUCGAUUAUUCUUGUUCGUCAAACGAGGAGACUCCCGUCAGUUCUGCAUCUUGUCGAUAUGAUUCGGAUUGCGAUUUUAUUACGGUUAAAAUUAUCGUGUUGGGUGAUUGCAGAGUUGGCAAAACGAGCUUUGUGGCCAAGUAUACAGAUGAUGAGCAACUAGAGACGAGAUGCUUGGAAACGAAGGGGCUGAACUUGACUGAUAGGUCUUUGCUUGUUAAGGGAGCAAGGAUUGCUUUUACUAUAUGGGACGUUGGAGGUGGCAAAGAAUCAGCAGACCAGGUUCCGCUUGCUUGCAAAGAUGCUGCAGCAAUUUUGUUCAUGUUUGAUCUGACUAGCAGGUGUACACUAUAUAGUGUAGUUGAGUGGUAUGGUAAAGCAAGGAAAUGGAAUCAGACUGCACUUCCCAUAAUAGUUGGGACCAAAUUUGAUGACUUCAUCCGGCUUCCACCAGAUCUUCAAUGGACAAUAGUGAUCCAGGCAAGAGAAUAUGCAAAGGCAAUGAAAGCAACUCUCUUCUUCUCAAGCGCGGUCCACAACAUCAAUGUUAGCAAGAUUUUCAAGUUUUUGGUGGCAAAACUCUUUAAUUUGCCAUGGUCCGUGGAGCGUAAUCUGACACCUGGCGAACCCGUCAUCGACUACUAGAUUGUAGAAAUUUCUUUAUUUCUUUGAGUAGUAUUUCUAAUAUAUGCAGUAGAUAGGCAACCAAGAUUACAUGAACCAACAGAGCUUGCAAUUUUCGUAUACCACUGCUAAAAGUAAUAUUUUAGUCAGAAAAAAAAUAAUCAAAUUCUUGUAGAUUAGCCAGUA